AAAGCGCUGAAGAGGUGAAAUCUCUUGGACAAUUGCCAAAAAGCCCUCCAAUCGAUCACUGUAAGGAUGAAAGGUGGCCUCUUUGUUGGUUUGUCAGCCUUGGUCUGCCAGAUUCUUGCUCAAGUCAAGAUUCCUUCAGUGCAAGAUUUUGAUGUAAAAAAGUUUGCUGGGCAAUGGUAUCUCAUAGCUAUGGUUAUGGACGAAGUAGUGAUUGAAGAUGCUGUGAAUGUUGGCACGACAGCAACACCCGUAGGAAGCCGAGACGUACUUCUCAACAUUGUGCUUUUAAAAAAUGAUAACUGCACUUCAGAAAAAGUUAAUUUAAUGCAAACUCUACAGCCUGGUGUAUUCAAAGUCACUGGCUGUGACAUCACUAUACAUAUGGUGGAGGUUGAUUAUGGCAGUUACCACAUUCUUCACUUUACAACAGUGAAUAACCGCAUUUUGCAUCUAUAUAGUAAGUGUUAUGGAGGGUGAUGGGUUCAUCAGGGGUUGGAUAGG